AUGAUCAAGAAAUUCAUCCCCUUCACCACAUUCAUAUAAAGAGAAAAGAGGAGAUCUUUCUUUAACAUCUUCCUUUCUCCUCCAUAUCAUCUGCAAUGGCAAUGCGUCAAGUUUCUCUUCUUUGCUUGGUGCUGCUGCUGCUGCUUUCGUGGGAGAGCAAUGCCGACUCAGGGACAGCACUAAAAUCAGAAGCAGCCUCUCUUGAUAUGUAUGGAGCCAGACAGGGCAGCCUUCAUCCCCAAGAAUGCACACCAAGGUGCAACAUCAGGUGCUCUGCAACAGCUUACAAGAAGGCUUGCCUCUUCUUCUGUGAGAAGUGCUGUGCGACCUGCCUGUGUGUUCCCCCUGGUACCUAUGGGAACAAGCAGGUCUGCCCUUGCUACAACAACUGGAAAACCAAGAGGGGAGGACCCAAGUGCCCUUGAAUGCUACCCUGCUCCCUCCUCCCCCAGAUUCCAUGCUUGAUAUAACUUCACUAGUACUGUUACCACUUAGAUUUCAGUUUAGCAGUAAUAGAAAGUGUAUUCCCCUAUUUAUGGCUUUUAUGAGCAACUAAGUGCUCAUGCUUCACGCCAUAUUUCAUAUCUGUAAUUUUGGUUGGAACCAUAAAAGGUGGUAAUGAAUUAUUUCUUCAUCA